UGGCUGCUUCAGUGGGUUGAGAUAUAGUGGUGAAAGAGCUCGACUGUAUCUAGCCAGAUGGUACAGGCUGUACAGCUCCUCUUCGGUGAAGCUUAUUGAGCCAUCAAUGAUAUUGGCUCGAUCAGGCGCCUUCAAGCGUGUUCUUGAUGCCUUUUUCCCCUCGGUUCUUGGCGGGACAUGUGCCAUACCUGGUGCAUAUGGCUUUGGAAAAACAGCCAUUAGUCAAGCUCUUUCCAAGUAUUCUAAUCCCAACACUGUCGUUAAUGUUGGUUGUGGAGAAAGAGGAAAUGAAAUGGCAGAGGUUCUUAUGGAUUUUCCUCAACUGACAAUGACACUACCUGAUGGUCGUGAGGAAUCUGUUAUGAAACGUACCACACUUGUGGCAAACACUUCAAACAUGCCUGUGGCCGCUCGCGAGGCUUCAAUAUAUACAGGUUAUUUCCCUUGCAUAAAGGCAGAGAUGCCCGCACAUAGUGGAUAUCCUGCUUAUCUGGCAGCGUGUUUGGCUUCAUUCUAUGAACAUGCUGGUAAAGUGAAAUGUCUCAGUGGGCCAGAACGUACUGGUAGUGUCACCAUUGUUGGUGCUGUUUCUCUUCCGGGAGGAGAUUUUUCUGAUCCCGUUACAUCUGCAACCCUCAGCGUUGUUCAGUUCUUCUGGGGUCUGGACAAGAAACUGGCCCAAAGAAAACACUUCCCUUCUGCAAAUUGGCUAAUUUCCUAUUCAAAGUAUUCAUCGGCAUUAGAAUCCUUCUAUGAUCAAUUCGAUUCAGAUUUUAUUGACAUCCGGACAAAAGCUCGUGAAGUGCUGCAGAGAGAAGAUGACCUCAAUGAAAUUGUCCAACUGGUUGGAAAGGAUGUUUUAGCUGAAUCAGAUAAAAUUACCCUAGAGACUGCAAAGCUUUUGAGGGAGGAUUAUCUCGCUCUCCAUAAGCGCCUGUACGACAAAUCCUGCUCUUUCAACAAGUCUGUUUGGAUGAUGCGCAACAUUAUCCAUUUCUAUAAUUUGGCCAAUCAGGGGGCGGAGCGAGGAGCUGUUAUGGAUGGCCAGAAGAUAACCUACAGCCUUAUCAAGCAUCGGUUAGGAGAUAUAUUCUACCGCUUGGUGUCUCAAAAAUUUGAGGAUCCAGGUGAAGGGGAGGAAGCUCUCGUGGGAAAAUUCAAGAAGCUUCAUGAGGAUCUGACUGCAGGUUUCCGCAAUCAUGAGGAUGAAACUCGAUGAUCAACUUUUGAAUGCAAAAGUAACCUAAGUUUCAUUCACCCAGUGGGAAUUUCAAUACUGGGGGGAAGUGGAAGCAGUGCCCAGGUUGUUGCAUUGUGGCUUUGUGCGAGAGAAACAAACAAAAUUUGGUAGUUUGACGCUCAUUUUAUAGUGCGUUUUGGCCCUUGUUUUAUAUGGUUUGCUUAGUCAUAUUUACUUUGUUUAUUACAGUUGUUCCCCUCUUAGGUUUGUCAAAAAUAAACAAGACCCGUUGUUUGCUUGUGAUUUUUUGUUGACACUUUGAUCCAAUAAAUUAUGUAGGAGUUUAGUAAGUUUAGUAUCUGAAUUUUUGUG